UUCAAUCGGAUAACUCUCCAUCCAGACUCAUCCGUCUCUUCAAACACCGCAAAAUCAAAGAAAGUCGCUCUCACAUUCCAUUCCCAUCAAAAACACAAAAACAAGGUGACUAUUCACUUCACUACCCUAAUAAUCACUCACACUCACUACCAAACCAACAAUGUCAACGAUCGAAUCAGACUCAGACGAUGACUUUUUUUCCACCAUCGCCGCCGCACAGCUCCGCCACCUCAUGGCGGCGCAAGCUUUCGAUUCCGACCUCGACCUCGCCUUCCACCUCCAAAUCCAGGAAGCCAUCACCGCCUCCCUCUCCCUCAUCUCCUCUUCUCCGCCUCCGCCGCCGCCGCCACCACCACCACAAACCGAUGAGCUCGAGAAAACGCACAGCGAUCGCCUCGCUCCGGAGAUUUCGUUCGGGGAGGGCUCGUCGUCCAAGGGCGGCGUGAAAGCGAAACCUGACGAGGUUUUUAGGGUUUAUUUCAAGGGUUUGGUUAGCAAAGAGAGGGUUGGGGAUUCGGAGGAGGAGGUCGCUUUGGCUGGGAUUGGGGUCGCGAUUUGUGAUUCGAGGGACGGUUUGAUUUUCGAGAUGAAGAAACCGCUUUUGGGGAAUGGGAGGAGCCGGCAUGGCGCGGAGGUGAAGGCUUUGAUUGAGGGUUUGAAUGCCGCCAUUGCUUUGGAUUUGAAGAGGGUUGUGUUUUAUUGCGAUUAUUAUCCGCUUUACCAAUUCGUUAUUGGUCGAUGGCCACCCAAGCAACGGAAGACAGCGACAUUAGUUAAUCAGGUGACCCUACUUCGGAAUAAAUUUUUGUACUCGGCCCCAUUUCUUGUGGCCCGAAAUGAUGUUAAAUUUGCAUUUAAGCUUGCACGAGAGGCAAUAGUUUCUCAGGUCAAUGGGCCUCCAGAAUCAAAUUGUGCCAAGAAUAUGUAUGAGGGGUGUGUAAUUUGUUUAGAGGAUAUGGAUGCUAGUCAGAUUUUUCCAGUUGAUGGUUGCUUGCAUCGUUAUUGUGUUGCUUGUAUGAAACAACAUGUGGAAGUGAAGUUGCUUCAUGGCAUGGUUCCCAAAUGUCCUCACGAAGGCUGUAAUUCUGAACUGAAAAUUGAUAGCUGCCAAAAAUUCUUGACUCCUAAACUAAUUGAGAUGAUGAGCCAACGCCUGAAGGAAGCUUCCAUUCCCGUCACUGAGAAAGUUUAUUGCCCAUAUCCCAAGUGCUCAGCCUUAAUGGCGAAAAGUGAGGUUUUAAAAUAUUCUAAGAAAGCAUUUGUCGGAGUUGAACAAUCUGGAAUCAGGAAAUGCACAAAAUGUCAAGGUGUCUUCUGUAUCAAUUGUAAGGUUCCUUGGCACCAAAACAUGAGGUGCGAUGAAUACAAGAGGAACAAUCCUUGUCUCCCUUCGGAAGAUGCAAAGCUAAAGAGUCUUGCAGAUAUGAAUCUAUGGCGUCAAUGUGUAAAGUGCAACCAUAUGAUUGAACUUGUUGCAGGAUGCUACCACAUGACUUGCAGAUGUGGGUACGAGUUUUGCUAUACCUGCGGAGCCGAGUGGAAGAACAAGAAAGGGACGUGCUCCUGUCCACUAUGGGAUGAGGAUAAUAUUUUGUACAAUGAAGAUGAAGAAAUCUCUGAUGAAGAGUAUGAAUAUGAUGAUUUCUUUGACACCGAUUCUGAUGAUGUCUAUUGGUAAUAAAGUACUUGCACAGAGAGAGAGAGAGGGAGAGAGAGAGAGAUAUAGGGAUGGUGAUGGUAAUAAAAUGAAAGUGAUUCAGAUGAUUACUAUUGAACACAUAAAUCAUUUGUUUUCCAAUUACCCCAUUUCGGCUUCACUUUUUAUUGGAUUGUUUGGUGAGUUGAUAUUAGGUGGUAAAUUAUAUAUAGCAUUUUUUUGUACAGACCAUUUUUUUCUUUACUCCACCCUGCUCUCGACCUCCUCUUCUCAUCCCCUUUCCCAGUCGCUGGCUUUUUGGCAAGAUCCAUGUAAAUUUUUGCAGAUUAGGCUUUCAAUCCCCCUACCUACUAGGUGCGGUGGUGUACUUGAAGUUUAUGCUUGUUUGGUGAUGCUGAAGUUUAUCUUUGUAGCUAAUAUCAAAUCCAUCAAACUUUUCUCCCUC